CUUCCUUUCUGCUGUCGGCCUGGGUGGCUACUGUCGAAAUGGGCAAGUUCAUGAAACCCGGGAAGGUGGUGCUGGUCCUGGCCGGACGCUACUCCGGACGCAAAGCCGUCAUUGUCAAGAACAUUGAUGAUGGUACCUCCGAUCGCCCCUACAGCCAUGCUCUGGUGGCUGGAAUUGACCGCUAUCCCCGCAAAGUGACAGCUGCCAUGGGCAAGAAGAAAAUUGCCAAGAGGUCAAAGAUCAAGUCUUUUGUGAAAGUUUAUAACUAUAAUCACCUCAUGCCUACCAGGUACUCUGUGGAUAUCCCCUUGGACAAAACAGUUGUCAACAAGGAUGUCUUCAGAGACCCUGCCCUUAAGCGCAAGGCCCGCCGGGAGGCCAAAGUCAAAUUUGAGGAGAGGUACAAGACAGGCAAAAACAAGUGGUUCUUCCAGAAGCUGCGGUUUUAGAUCCCUUUUUCUUUCAGUCAUUAAAAAU